AUCAAAAAGAAAAUUUUCAAUUGAACUUCUUCUGCAUAAAUUAGGGAUUUAAUAAAAAGAAAUCAGUUCUUGAAAUCAGACUUGAAAAAUGAGAAAACUUAAGUUUCACGAGCAAAAGUUACUGAAGAAAGUAAAUUUGUUAUCAUGGAAAAGAGAAGGAAAUCACAGAGAAGCGAGUGUUAUGCAGCGUUAUCACAUAGUCGAUAGAGAUGACUACAAAAAGUAUUCUGGUUUGUGUAGAAUGGCUCAGAAAUUGGUUAAUAUAUUGAAGCAGAUGGAUCCGAAAGACCCAUUUCGGAUUGAAAUGACAGAUAUGCUUUUGGAGAAGCUAUAUAAUAUGGGAGUUAUACCGAGCAGGAAAAGCUUGGCUUUGUGCGAUCGUUUAUCGGUAUCAUCAAUUUGCAGACGAAGGCUUGCAACUAUUUUGACGCGAUUAAAGUUUGCUGAGCAUUUAAAAGAAGCCAUAACAUACAUUGAGCAGGGCCAUAUUCGAGUUGGCCCUGAGACGAUAACUGACCCAGCUUUCCUGGUUACAAGGAAUAUGGAGGAUUUCGUCACAUGGGUCGAUACAUCGAAGAUUAAGAGGAAGGUGCUUCAGUACAACGAGAAGUUGGAUGAUUAUGAUGCAAUGAACUAAAGGCAGUUGUUAUUUUUAUCCUUUUUGGAGAUAAAUUUUCAGAUUUUUUGGUUGAAAUGUAUAAGAUUGUAUUACUUGAUAUUCAUGAGAAGAGAAUGGGACGUCCGCCAGAGUUUCCACAGUUUUUAUCACCUUUUCAAGCUUGGAAUCGUUGCCAUCUUGUUUUAUCUUUCUGAAAGUAGUAAAUUUGGUGUGUUCCAGUGA